AUGCAAGAUUUGGUCACUUCACUUCGAACAAUUAGCUUAUUUGAUAAAUCAUAUAAUUUGUUUAUUUAUCUUUUAGUUACUCACAAAAAAGCCAUCAAAGCUGCUCUCAAUGAACUUGCCAGUCCUCAACACUCUAGUGUACAUGCAAUUGCUCUUAAAUUUGAGGUUGCAGAAACAAUACUAAGCCAUAAAGAAAUGCAACUUGUAGGCUACUGCCUGAAUAUGCAAAGUUUGGAAUUCAGUUUAACAAGAUCAGGUGUUAACUAUUGUGUAAUAGAGAUUGUAAAAAGUAAUAAUCAUGAAAAUCCUUUUAAUAAUAAAAGGCUCGAUAAAACAGGGUUCGUUAUUUCUUCUAGAGUCCAAAAGGUACUUGCUAAAAAAGGUGCUCGUCAAGUCUACAAAAUUGCUUAUAACAAUGUGCAUGAGCACAUAUCUAUUGCUCCAACUAUUUCUGGUACUAGUAAUUAUAUACCACUAUUAUUUAUCUAUAAAGGUAUUCAUGCGAUUCCAGGCUUGCUAACUGGUGCUCCACCCAGUAGUGUUAUAGCUUUUAUGGAUUCUGGGUAUAUGAAAGAGAGUAUAUUUGAAAUGUACAUUAAACAUUUUGUUAAUUCAAUUCCACCUUCUUGUCCUGUCCUCCUAAUUCUUGAUAGGCAUAAAAGUUACAUUAAUUAUACAUAUAUUAAUUUUUGUUAUGAAAACAACAUUCUAUUAUAUGCCCUUCCAUCACAUAUUACCCAUAUUCUUCAGCUAGCCGAAAUUCUAUUUUCAAAACUUAAAAAAGAAUAUGAUGAAGGUUGUGAUAGGCUUCAUAAUAAUAAUGGCGAAAUAGUAACAAAAUAUUCUUUUACUAGCAUACUUGGGCCAGUAUAUAUCAAAGCUUUUACACCUAAAGCAAUUAUGAAUUCAUUUAAAACUACAGAGAUUUGGCCUUUCAACCCUGAUGCUAUUAGUAUCAAUCAUCUUAAUCCCUUACUAUUAACUGAAAGAACUGAUCUUUUACUACUAUUAACUAAACAAACUUUGUUAUUACCUUUGUUACCAACAUCUUCAUUAUCUUCAUCCUCAUUACUAUCAACUCUUACUUCACCAUUGAAACUAAUACUGAAAUAUCCUACUCCACGCUUGUCAUCUGCUAAUGAGAGUGAAACUGGAGAAGCUUCACAACAACUAAAAAAAAGAAAAACAUUGCCAUUCGCCUAA